UAUGCAGAGUGAACUUCACCAAACUUCUACACUUAUAGUUAUCUUAUCAAUACAAUUGACACGACAGUCGCAUUCCAGUCAUGUCUAUAGUACAGCCCAUCAUCCGAGACCAACUCGUCAUCCACAAUGAUGACGACUGGGACACGGUGUACCACGUUGAAUGGGAACCCGACGCCAACUUCUUCACCGGUUCUGAACUUCGUCCAAGAACACCAUUAUGCAAAGCAACAGCCGAUCACCAAAUCACACUAGCUCGCGCCGCAGCGCUGAUUAUUCGCUCAUCCCUCAACAACAUCCCUCUGGAUAUCCCGGACUUUGAUACCUCCAAACUUACCGGCUUCCGAAAACAAUUGUAUCAAUGGAUGCAAGCUUACAACUCGUCUCAGGCGAGUAAGCUCGUGCUGGGCGACGUGACGAUGACUGUUACGAUUGAGAUACUCUCGUCGCUCAUGCGUAUGGGCGUCGAAGGUGAGCUUUUGGCAAAGAUCGGACCGAACGUGGGAGCCAUUCUGCAAGGGACUAUUGAUCCGAUGCCGCUCCUGUUGGAAGGCGAUAGGUUCAAUCGGAUGCAAGAUGGGAUGGAAUUGAUGCAAAAGAUGAGAGCGCAUCUCCGACAAUAUCUCUCAUCAUAUGCGACAAAGAAGCCUGUUCUGAAUGUCCUCGAAGUCAGCGCCAGUACGAGCAACACCACGCAGACGAUCUUUGAAGCGCUUCGGGAACAGAAGAGUGUCUCGUAUACACUUACGGACUCGUCGCUUUCAGUGCUGGAGCAAACGAAGUCGGGCGUCACCAAGGACUUCCUCAAGCUCAAGAGCCUCGACAUUAACCGCGAUUCUAUUGAGCAAGGCUUCAGUUCCAAUACCUACGACGUUAUUCUCGUCAACAACAUUCUUCAAACAGCCAACUCUCUUUCAGAAACACUGGCCAACUUGCGCCAACUUCUCGUCCCUGGCGGUGCCCUCGCUCUCGUCGGACUCUCAGACAUAUCACCGGCUUACAGCCUCAUGUUGGGUAUGAAUGAAAAUAUGUGGUCAGAUGAACGUUUUGAACAAUUGCCAUACCCGUCCAACGACGACUGGAACAAGUUGCUACAGGGUAACCAGUUCAGCGGCCUCGAACCGGCAACCAAAACAUUCGAUUACAUCGGCCAAUCCUGCUACUGCGUCGUGUCAACAGCCGUUGAAUCAACUCAGCGGUUGAUGGUAAAUAUCCUACCAGGAUCACAGGGCAAUCUGUUCAGCUUUGCGGACCAGCUGGCUUCCGUACUGGCAGAGAAUGGUACUGCAUCAACUAUAACACCGACACGUCUAGAAGAUAUCUCGCCGCGAUUCGUUUACGUCGUCCUAGAUGACGGUUCCGAGUCUCUGAGCGAUUAUGAGAGUCUGUCCGAAGCGAACAACAUUCUUUGGGUCAAUAUGGAAGCUGGGCUUCCAACGCAACGUGAUAUGAAUAUCAUCAGUCGUUUCGCUCGCGGCGCUCAAAAGGACAACGAAAGUCUCAAGCUUGUGAAGCUCGACGUCAAGCAGGAGUAUCCAGAAUAUGCAGACCUUCUUAAGGUUAUCAUGCGGAUUAUCCAAGUGUCGUUUCAGGAGAAUCGUGGCUCGAGGACGGAAUUUGAGUAUGAGUAUCGCAAUGGCAGAGUUCUUGUGCCGCAAGUGAAAGGGUCGGGGAUUACGCAGAAGUCUGUUUGAAGGGAGCCAGCCAGGCAGAAGGAUGGAUCUUGGCGACUUGGAGUUAGUUUGUCUCAUUUGGCGAGUACGCGUUCAUCUGUUUAUUGGAGUUUGCGCAGGCACUUAUUGGGGAUACUCGCAGGAGACGUUCCAUCGUUCGCUGAAUACAGUACGGUAGCCUUAUUUUGUCUUCAAAUUGACUUCCUGUUUCCUAUGUACAAUACAUUUAGCCCUUCUUGAC